AUGAUCCUCCAGCAGGACAAUGCCACCAGCCAUACUGCUCGUUCUGUGCGUGAGUUUCUGCAUGACAGCAAUGUCAGUGUUCUGCCAUGGCCAGCGAAGAGCCCCUAUCUCAAUCCCAUUGAGCACGUCUGGGACCUGUUGGAUCGCAGGGUGAGGGCUAGGGCCAUUCCCCCCAGAAAUGUCCAGGAACUUGCAAGUGCCUUGGUGGAAGAGUGGGGUGUCCUCCCCAGAAUUCAGACAUCCUUUGAUUUAAGUGACAUGUCAGCUGGAUUUUUCCAAACAGCUGUCUUUGCCAGUACCCCACUUUGGUCCCCUCUCUUUGGUUACCUUGGGGGCCGCUUCAACCAGAAAUACAUCCUGAUGGGUGGUAUUUGUAUAUACACAGUGACAACUAUCUGCAGCUCUUUUCUGACCAAGUCGCUCUUCUGGCUUCUGGUUUUGUUACGAUUCAUGGCUGGGAUAGGAGACAGCGCCAUUUCCACAAUGUCUACCCAGAUCCUCAGUGUCCUCUUUAGUGGGGGUCAACUGACCACCAUGUUCUGUAUGUUUGCCAGCCUUACUGCUUCUGGAUGUGGUCUUGGAUUAAUAGUUGGUGCUGGGAUAACUACUCUCACAGGGGAUUGGCGAUGGGCUCUCAGGAUCAUUCCGAUCUUGAAUGUCGUGGGAAUUAUAUUGGUGGGUUUAUUACUCCCUAAUCAAGUCAGAAGUGCAUCAUAUACCAAUGGCCAGGAAGUGAAAAAGAAGAGCACUUACGGAGAGGAUGUCAAGUAUCUUUUGAAAAAUAAAAGUUAUAUAUUGUCAACACUCGCAUUCGUGGCUGCGAACUUCUCCAACUCAGCCAUGACUGUCUGGACGUCAACUUUUAUGUCCAGAGCUCGGGUCGCUCAGGGAACCCAACCACCGUGUAAUAAUCUGCCCUGUGACUCAACAGACAGUUAUAUAUUUGGUGCUGUGACAAUUCUGACAGCUUUUCUGGGCGGGGGUCUUGGCGCUGGUUCCUCCAGACAGUGGAGGGACAAGGUGCCAAAUGUGGUCAUCUGCACUGCAGCCAUUCUGGGUUUCGUCCUGUGUUCCUUUUUCUUCAUAUUUAUGGCAUCAGAAAGCAUUCUGGUCACUUAUAUAUUCAUUGGCUUGAGGGGGAUAUUCAUAGUAGCCCUUCAUUCCGUUGCUGCUGAUAUAACUCUGUAUAUUGUUGUUCCAACUCGGAGGGCCCUAGCUGUGGCUGUCAUGUUCACAUCCACAGUUCUCGGGGGAACCUCUGGAGGGUCUUCUAUAAUAGGAGUGGUCUCUGAUGCUAUACGCAACUCUAACCCUCCAAGUGAUGACUGGAGCUUCCUCAGUCUGAAGUACAGCCUCCUGAUCUGUCCAUGUGUCGCAGUACUGUCUGGAAUCUUGUUCAUAAUAACCUCUUUCUACAUCGUUGAGGACAAAACGGCAGUUCAGGAAUGGAUUGAUGAGAAUUCCACACAGCAGAACCCUUUAUCCGAGGUCCCCGGGAACAGAGCAAGACGUUAAAUUAAAAACUGCUGAUGUGGAGAAAAGGAUGACCCUAACCCUAAACCUACCCACAAAGGAUCCUGUUCUUAUUACUUUACAGCUUUAUGCUGAUGCAGAUAAAAUGUUUAAAUUUAAAUGUCACCUAAAAGACAUUUUUAUUUAUUUGUUCACUCAUCGAAAUCAAGUUCAGGGUGUGCAGCAAACAACACAUUCUAAACCAGUGGUUCUCAAACAUUUUCUGAUAUGCCCAUCUUUGGAGUAAGAAAGAUUUCCAGGCCCCCUGCCCCACAAAAUUGAAACAGUUUAGUUAUAUGUUGUGCAAAAUAAAAACUUCCAUUACAACUGUGAAUACCAUUUUUUUGACAUUUUGUCACUAGAUUGAUCCAUCGGACUGUGCUUAAAAAUAAAUAUAACAUAUACAUAUACACAUAUUCA